AAGCGAAUGUUGUCUUCGCACCCUGCCUCGCUCGAGUGUCUGCAGCGUACGGGAGCCCCGAGAACAUCGCGCCAACACCUCACCAAGGAGUCACCGAAUACUUCUGAGACAAUCCGCAUUCGUCCCCUGCCACGAAGCUGAUGCCAAAAGUGCGACACGACAUCACAUCGCAGUUCAGUCAGCCGCGUACUCCAGUUGAGGAUGCCUUCUGAUAGCAUGUUGCUGCGUUGUUGUAGGUCCCAGCCGCCACUCUUGCGUCCUUCCGACUUCUCCAGAAUGCGCGUUGCGACAUAACAGCUCAGCGCUCAGCGCUCAGACUUGAGCCUCGGCUGAGGGCACACGGCGAAUGGCAAUAUCUCGAUUCCAGAGGAGCAUGCUGUCCAGUGCACCGUGAUCCGGUCAUCAUUCGGUUAUGUUGGACGCCAUUGGAUCCCGCCCAUGCGCGUCCCGUGCGCAAUUUUCCCGUCCCCCCUCUUGUCUCCGACCCCACCUCCGUCCACUGUCGCACUGCUGGUGGACCCGUAGUACGCGCGUUCCGACGAUGCAACCUGAAGUCGCCUAAGGUCUAUUGCCCACUUAGCAUUCAGCAUCGGCACUCCGGGCCCAUCUCUCGGGUAUAAAACAUGGCCAAGAUCGUCGACAUCCUGCAGUGCUUCAAGCAUUCUCUUCGCAACCGACACACCAAGACCGACACAAGCCAUGUGGUCUACCUUCAAGGUGCUCUCUGCUGCUCUUGCUCUCCCUCUGCUCGCCCAGGCGACCCCCACCCCCGAGCCGCGGUCCAUGAGCCGUGCCGGCCAGGGGUCGAUCUGCUCCACCAAGGGGUUCGACAUCGAGUCCAUGUUCAAUGAGAUGCUGGGAGCAGACAACAAGCUGACACCGCCCGUCGCCGAGUACCCCACCUUCGUCGCUCUGUCCGUCGGCUACCAGAACUACAGCUGCCUCGACAACGGCACCUACUUCAACAUCGGUGCCGUUACCGAGCUCUUCGACAUCUCCUGCCUUCCCAUGGAGAGUGUCCCGGACUUCACCACCUUCGUCUCCAACUUCUGGGAGGCUGCCGGUGAGGGCGUGUCGCCGCAGGAGGUCAUCAACAUCGCGACCCAGGGCGUGAGCUCCAACUUCUCGCUCGGCAUCCACUACUGGAUCCCGAGCCCGCUCGACCCGACCAACCCGCUUGCGAUCAACUCCGUGUGGGACUUCAGCCAGCAGCGUCUGAUGAACGACCCUAACGUGAAGAACGCGUUCGUCGUUGGCGGGGACACGGCGAUGGUCCCGUCUCCGGACAACGCGACGUCCGAUGCGCCGUGGAUCAGCUCGGCUGCGAUUGUGGUCAACGGCACACAAGACGGCAUGCUUGCGGACCAGAUCUACCGGAUCCACACUAACGACGGCAACUAUCCUCCCGGGAACUGCACUCCUGGCCAGCCCGACACUCUGGUCAAGUCGACGCUGAACUUCUGUACGUCCUGUUGUCUGGUACUAUCGUGGGAUGAUGCUGACCGGUGCACUGGCAUGAUUUUGCAGGGAUGUACGGUGGUGAUUGGGCUGACACCAUCUUCUGAGUGGGAGAGCAGGUGUGACGGAGUGGAGUGAGACUCGGACGCGACUUCCGCGGAUGCUCAGGCUGAAGUAUUCAGCAGCUCUCCUUAGCGUCUCGCGCCUGAGUGUAUGUUAGAUAGUUAGAUACUGUUGCUUAGAGGUGCAUGCUGUAGAGUACUGUACUAGCUCUCACGAGCC